AUGCAGUUAAAUUUAAAACCAUUUUUAAAGAGUUUACGUGAAAAAAAGAAAUCAGUACAAGAAAUAUUGGCAGAUUUAAAAGAACCUCACUUAUGGUAUCCGGAAGCAAGAGCAAUUAAAAGAAAGUUUAUUUUACACACGGGACCAACUAAUUCUGGUAAGACUCAUCAUGCAUUGGAAAGAUUAAAGAGCGCUGACAGUGGUGUUUAUUGUGGACCACUUCGUUUAUUGGCACAGGAGGUAUACGAAAAAUUAGCAGAUAGUGGCGUCGAAUGUAGCAUGUUAACCGGUCAAAUUCGUAUUGUUAAUCCAAACGCAAAACACAUUUCAUGUACAAUAGAAUUGGCAAAUACUGAAGAGAUGGUAGAGGUUGCAGUAAUCGAUGAGUUUCAAUUAAUCAGCGAUAGUGACAGAGGUUUAUAUUGGACCAGAGCAAUCUUGGGCAUACCAGCACUUGAAAUUCAUUUGUGUGGUGAUGGUAGUUCAAAAGAAUUAAUUAGAAAAAUUUGUGAAAUUACAGGUGAUAGUUAUGAAUUACGUACAUAUGAACGUUUAUCACCAUUGGAAAUAGAGGAAAGACCAGCAUCAAUAUCAAAACUUCAAAAAGGUGAUUGUUUAGUAACAUUUUCAAAAAAAGAAUGUAUAGAACUUAAACAACAGAUGGAAUCAAAAGGUAAAAGAUGUGCCAUUGUUUAUGGUUCACUUCCACCAAUUAUUCGUCUUCAAGAGGCCAAGCGUUUUAAUGACACUGAUGAUGCCGAAAUCUUAAUUGCAACUGAUUGUAUUGGUAUGGGUUUAAAUUUAAAUAUAUCUCGUGUUAUCUUUACUUCAACUUUUAAAUAUGACGGAAGAGAUUUUAGAAAAUUAAAGAGCCCAGAGCUUAGACAAAUCGCAGGUAGAGCAGGUAGAUUCAAAUCAGAUUUUAAUUCAUGUGGUAAAGUUUCAGCAUUCGAUAGAACAGGUUUAGAUCAUAUUAGAAAAGCAUUCGCUGCAAGAGAAGAAGAAAAUAAACGUGCAGGUUUAUUCCCACCAGCAGAGCAAUUGGAAUUAUUUGGUGAAAAUAUUGCUAAAAACUCAACAAAGUUCUCAGAAAUCUUAAAAAGUUUUGUUUUAUCAUCAAAUAUCGACCAACACUAUUUCUUGUGUUACUUUGACAGAUUUUUAAUUAUUGCAGAGCAUUUGGAUGAAAUCAAAAUGAGUAUUCCAGAUAAAUACUUGUUCAUUUGUUCCCCAUUCCAAAUUCAUCGUAAAAAAGCAAUGUUUUUCCUAAAAAGCUUUGCUUUUGAUUAUUCAGAGGGUAAAACCAUUCCAUUCCCAUUCAAUCAAUCCCAUAUGGUAGAAGGUCACACUGCAAAUUCAACAUUGGAAUGUUUAGAAGAUCUUUAUGCCAUCAGUGAUGGAUAUUUGUGGUUAGCACAUCAAUUCCCAGAAUCAUUUAACGAAACAAAUAAAGCUCAAAAAUAUAUUCAAAUGGUCACAAAAGAAAUUUCAGAGAAACUUAAAACUUUACCUUUUAACAAACUUGCAGGAUUCAGCAACGUUUUAAAAAAAGAUAAUUAA